UUCCAACAUGAGUGCCGUUCGUUGUGGAUAACAACGCAAUAAAGCACAUAGCAACGGUUACCAAAACAAUAACUUUGACAUAGUUUCAAUGAACUGAGUGGCAUUAUGUCUUUCAAAGAUGUUAGAGACCUCUCGGAACACCUGAAGCAUCUCGACUAUCCUAACGACUUCUCAAUAUCACCGCUCUGUUCAGUCUAUGGCAGCAUUGGUAAUUUCAAAAUUGUUGCACACAUUUUGCAAUGGUUGGCUGAACGAUUUGAAUCGGAUGCAAUAUUGUUGGGUGGAACCGACAAUGAAGUGGAAAGAAUUUUAUUGAUACGAUCGGCGGUGGAGUUUUUCGUAACCAAAGUUGGUAUUAAAUUGAAUCCGAGAAAACUGUAUGCGUGUACAACUGGUGCAGCAACCGAAUUGCUAAAAUUGACGACGUUGUUGCUGAAUGCUCCGACGGAAAUCGAAAAGGAAGAAGAUGUAUUGAGCUCUACAAACAUUGAUCUGGGAGAUAAGGUUGAUGAUUUGCGAAGAGUGAGAGAAUUGGCUUCCGACCUGACAAACAAGGGAGCAUUGGUGUACGACCUGUUAGCCAAGGAAGUCAUCAAUAAAGAAACUCGAAAUCUGCAAGCCAGUCGACCGUUGGAACUGUCGAAUGUGGAAAAGUAUCUGAAAAAUUCAAUAUUUUCAUUGAAUCAAAAGCUAGGCUCGUCAAAAUCGGCACUGGAAACCAGUAAAACCGAAAAAAAUGCUGUCAGCUCUAAGCUUGAACGAAAAACUGCCGAUUUGGAGCGAUCGAAGCAGCGCCUGGAUGCACUGCAGAAAAUACGUCCAGCAUUUUUAGAAGAGUUCGAGCGACUCGAGGGUGAACUAAAGACUUUGUACGACCAAUAUUUUGUUCGAAUUCGUUGCUUGGAUGCACUUCGUGUGCAAAUAGCCAGUAGAGUUAAGGUACCGCAAACGCCGAUGCCAAUAGCGAAACCAGCUGAAAAUUCAAUGACAUUUUUGCCGGAUGGUUUAAUCGACUCGGAUGAGGAUGGAUUGGAUAAUGAAGAAGCCGAACGGCGGAUUAUUGAUGAAAAACGAGACCUCAAAGAAGAACUUACUGGUGCUGGUGAGCCGAGAGCGCAUACACGGUUGCGGGUUAGAACUGCAGUUGGUCGUACUGAUAGACGGUUUGUUGGCAGUAUGUUGGCCGGUUCUGAUUUGGAUAGUUCUCUCGGCUCGGAUGAUGAGUCGGACAGUGAAAUAAAUUUGGUCGAUGACUUAGAUGAUGAGGACGACGAUUCAGCAGCUAAUCAUCUACUGAUGGCCGGCGAAUCAACGAACAAACCGAUGAAAUCGUCAAUACUUAGUGACGAGGACUUCUAAAACUUAACAUAAAAAAUCAAAAUCUUUAUUUUUAA